AUGUGUUAUUGUCUUCAGAAAAUUGGCCGUCUGCUGUGCAGAGAGGUAGAAGUAGAAGAGUUUGUAGUUGAUUUUGAGAAGGCCAUGUGGAAGGCCCUACGCUACGUGUUCGGCGAGAACGCCAAGAUCCAUGGCUGUGCCUUCCAUUGGGGGCAAGCUGUUUGGCGCCAAGUGCAGGCUACGGGGCUCGCUACCGAGUACGCCACGAGAAGAGAAACGUACGCAUACAUAAGGAAAAUAAUGUGUCUGCCGUUCUUACCGGCAGAACACAUUCCCGAGGUGUUCGAGUCCAUGGUCGACAUCGCGCCUCGCAGAUUUGAUGGACUUUUGAGCUACAUACGCUCAACAUGGUUCGUGUCUUCAACUUGGCCUGUGCCAUGCUGGUCGGUGUUCGGCAUGAGCAUUCAAACCAACAACGACGUAGAAGGUUGGCACAGACGUCUCAAUAGGAGAGCGGGGAUUGCCCCUCUCAUGUACCUCUUCAUCCGUCUUCUUUCUGACGAGGCAAACGUUGCACUUCGGAACGUACAGCUGGUUACGGAGCUGCAACUGACUCGCUACCAGCGACGCCAGCAGAAAACCAUGCAAGGCCAGAUUGCCAGGUUGUGGUCAUUUUACAGGCGGGGCGAGGUAUGCGCAACGGCACUACUGAAACAGAUGAGCACAAAGUACAAGCACUGUGCUUGA